CGGCACGCGGCGCGGUCGGGCCCCUUCGGCAGCAGGAGCGGAAAUGGCCGAAGGCGCGCGCGGCGCGGGCCCGAGAGGCUGCCGGGAUCGCGGCGGACCCGGCGGGCGGGGCGGCAAGAUGGCGGCGCGGCGAGGGAGAGGUUCCUCCACGGUGCUCUCGUCGGUUCCUCUUCAAAUGCUGUUUUACCUCAGUGGGACGUACUACGCCCUGUAUUUCCUCGCCACGCUCCUGAUGAUUAUUUAUAAAAGUCAAGUGUUCAGCUACCCUUGCAACCACCUGCUCCUCGACCUGACGCUGCUGUUUCUGAUGGCAAUUCUGGAAGCAGUUCGGUUAUACUUGGGCACAAAGGGAAACCUGACAGAGGCCGAGGUACCUCUGGCUGCCAGCCUGGCUCUCACUGUGGGCAGCAUCCUCCUUUCUGUGCACUUCCUGCUCUGGCAGACUCUGGUGCUGUGGGCAGACUCGGCCCUCAGCGCCACGCUCCUGGCACUCCACAGCCUGGAGGCUGUCCUGCAGGUGGUCGCCAUUGCCUCCUUCGUCAGGUAGACAUGGCCCAGGACAGCCCCACGCAGGGCCCAGCCUCCACUGUCACCUCCCCCACUGCA